AUGGCGCUCCUCCGGGACCCCUCCGUACGACGACGGACCAAGGUGAAGGCUCAUAGCAGAAUUCAUACAACAGUGCAGGAUACUUCUACUCCUUACCUGUUUAUGUACCACCGUAAGCUCGGUGUAGACGGUGCAGAGAGCAAUACGACUCUCUCAAGCGGUUGGGCUCCGUUCAACGCUGAAGAUGGCACUGCAUUGCUUGGCGAGAUUGACUUGGCUUUUCUUGGUGUAUAUGCAAUUGGCAUGUUCUUUGCUGGCCAUUUGGGCGAUAGGGUGGAUCUGAGGAUCCUGCUGACUAUUGGAAUGAUAGGAACUGGAUUGUUCACCGCCGCCUUUGGAGCCGGCUACUGGUUCGAUGUACACAACUUCUACUACUUUCUGGGCAUGCAGAUGAUGUCUGGCCUGUUUCAGUCAUCUGGAUGGCCUUCAGUGGUUGCAGUAGUUGGCAACUGGUUUGGGAAGAGCAAGAGGGGACUGAUAAUGGGAAUAUGGAAUGCUCACACAUCUGUAGGAAACAUAUCUGGCUCUCUGAUUGCUGCUGCCAUGCUGAAGUAUGGAUGGUGCUGGUCCUUUGCAGUGCCCGGUAUCAUGAUCGCACUGGUUGGGCUCACGGUGUUCCUCUUCUUGCCUGUUGGGCCUGAUGUGAUUGGAAUCCAGGAGGAUCUCCAUUUGAAGGACUAUGAGAAGAGUGACAUGGACACUCCCUUGUUGGAACGAUGCUCACCAGAUGUAAAAGAAAAGGCAGUUGGAUUUAUUGAGGCGUGGAGAAUUCCUGGUGUAGCUCCUUUUGCCCUCUGCCUUUUCUUCUGCAAGCUUGUGGCCUAUACCUUCCUGUAUUGGCUUCCCUUUUAUAUCAGCCACACAGCUAUCGGUGGACAAUACUUGUCAGACUCCGAAGCCGGGGUACUGUCAACUCUGUUCGACGUGGGUGGCGUUGUUGGCGGCAUCCUCGCCGGCCACAUCUCCGACCACCUGGACGCCCGGGCGCUGACGGCCGCGAGCUUUACCUUCUCCGCGAUACCGGCGCUCUUCUUUUACCGCAUCUAUGGGAACGUCUCGCUGGCGUGGAACAUCGCGCUCAUGUUCGUCACCGGGAUGCUGGUGAACGGGCCCUACGCGCUGAUCACGACGGCCGUGUCCGCGGACCUCGGCACGCACAGCUCCCUCAACGGCAACUCCCGCGCGCUGGCCACCGUGACGGCGAUCAUCGACGGCACGGGGUCGAUCGGCGCCGCCGUCGGCCCGCUGCUGACGGGGUACAUCUCCGCCAGGAGCUGGAGCGCCGUGUUCACGAUGCUGAUGGCGUCGGCGCUCGUCGCGGGGCUGCUGCUGUCGAGGCUGGUGGUGGCGGAGGUGGCCGCCAGGAUGGAGUCCCGGAGGACGCCCGCCCCCGCUCCUAGCGACCUGCCCGUGUCCUCCAUGGAAGAACCGUAA